ACGUGUUGGCGCUUUGGGGGCUGCAGGUUCCCGGCGAUGGAAACCGAGAUGGAGGCGCAGGCCCCUGGGGCCGAAGAUGGCUUCACUCAAGUCACUCGCAAGGGCGGCCGGCGCGCGAAGAAACGGCAGGCUGAGCAGCUGUCCGCACCGGGGGAGGGCGGCGAUGGAGGCCGCAUGGACACCGAGGAGGGCCGGCCGGCCAAGAGGCCGGUCUUCCCGCCGCUGUCCGGGGACGGGCUCCUGAGUGGGAAAGAAGAAAUGAGGAAAAUCCCAGUCCCAGCUAACAGAUAUACUCCACUGAAAGAAAACUGGAUGAAGAUAUUUACUCCUAUUGUGGAACAUUUGGGACUGCAGAUUCGCUUUAACUUGAAAUCAAGGAAUGUGGAGAUUAGAACUUGUAAAGAAACCAAGGAUGUCAGUUCCCUGACCAAAGCUGCUGAUUUUGUGAAAGCAUUUCUUCUUGGCUUUCAGGUGGAGGAUGCGCUGGCCCUCAUCAGACUGGAUGACCUCUUCUUGGAGUCCUUUGAAAUAACCGAUGUUAAGCCCCUAAAGGGAGACCACUUGUCCAGGGCAAUAGGGAGGAUUGCUGGCAAAGGCGGAAAAACCAAAUUCACCAUAGAGAAUGUGACACGGACUCGGAUAGUACUGGCUGAUGUGAAGGUUCAUAUUCUUGGCUCUUUCCAAAAUAUCAAGAUGGCAAGAACUGCCAUUUGCAAUCUCAUUCUGGGAAAUCCUCCAUCGAAGGUCUAUGGCAAUAUUCGAGCUGUGGCUAGCAGGUCAGCAGAUCGAUUCUGAUUUCACCUGAGGCUUUCUAUCUUUGGACUCUGAAGACCUGACUGCAGGUGGUCCCACGAAACCAUGCCACUUUGUGCCUCCUUUCCUUCUUCAUUCUCAGCAAGCUGCAUAAAUGCAAAGGUUUACUACCAAUAUAAAUGUCAAAACCUAAUAUUGUUAAUAUACUUAGACAUUAAAUAUAAUUUACCUUUUUUAAAG